AUGUCUGACUACUUAAAAAAAUUUCUUGUAAUUCAGCCUGGAGACUGGCCUGCGCAGUUUUACAGUAGACAGAUUAUUUACGAAACGCUGCAAAAAUACUAUCGAUCCUCCCCCGAUACACUUCAUGGUACAGCCAUUCCUACGGAUCAUGAAUAUACAACACCAUUUAAUUCUGGAUAUCGUCAGUGGGCAACCGCCGAAGAAAGUCCUGCACACAUCAAUAGUCUGCCUGCUAUCUUAUCUCUUAUUCCAUGUAUAGGUCCUCUUCACAUCUCUCUGAACGGCAGAGAAACAGUAUUUAAAGAUUUUGUGGGCUUCUUUGAAAAUAUUUACAAUAAUCUUUUUCCCAGAAGCAAGUUGCCAAAAACUCCCAGGCCAUGGCGCAUUAGUCUUAUUCUUGAAGUCGUUUUUGGAGGCUGGCUGUUUAUCACGGAAGCUGUGAAAGAAAAAUUCAAAGUUUGUAAAGACAUAGAGUACAUGACAUUGCUAAACUUAUUAGACAAUUACAUACCACUUGUUCUGACAAUUUACAGCACAUCUUUCAAGCUAAACAACUUCUUUGAAUACUUCAAUGCAAUGAUACGAAUAUGGACUAUGUUCAUGUGUCUCGAGCGGCAUCAUUAUGACAAGGCUCCUCUUGUGUGGAUAGCGAUGUGUACUUACUGGGGGAUAAAUAACCCUCACCUAUAUCUCAUACUUCGUUUGUUUUUAGUUAUUUUUGAUGAGUACCCUGUGGAAAAUGCCCAUAGCAUCAUUAGAUCAAAGACAAGUGACAGUGACACAAUUGAACAGAUGCAGCAGAAAGCAAAGGCUUCAUUUCAAUCAAAAGCAGCGCAGUAUUCACUUAAAUCUUAUUUUCCCCCUCCUUCUAGCUUUACCUUCAGUGCUAACCAGCUGAAAUAUCUAAAAAUGAAGUGUGCAGCAUUAAUUUCUUCAAUAUUCAUAAAGAUAGCCCAUAAUCCGGGAAAAGGGCAAUUCAGAGGCAAGGGGAAAAACCUGAGGGUGGUUUUGCCAAGAAUCUUUGGACCAGACCCUGUUAAAACCAAAAUACUUCCUCUAGGCUAUUGCUCUGAGAUUAAGCCUGAUCCCGACAGCAUAUGCGACAUGCCAGGUUGUACUGUAACAAAUGAUGCUGAGUGGGUUCUCCUUGAAGGAUGCUCUCACUCAUUUCACCUCACUUGCCUCUCAGAAAUCCAACACUGCCCAUUGUGCCAAAAAUUUAUACAGCAAAAAGCAGAUAGCCUGGGAACCACAGCAAAGAAUGCAAUCCUCAACCCCAAAAACAGAAACACAGAGAAAAACAAAGGCAGUGAUUCAGUAACACCACAAGAUGAAUCUAACUUGCUUGACACAUCAAAGGAACCUACAUGUAAUGUAUCUAACAGUGAAAUAAAGGAUUUGGAUGCCAAUAUUACUUACUUGAUCAAUCAAAUAUCUACCUUAUCACCUAUGGCCCCUCCAUCACAAAGGAAACACUCUAAACAACAGCAACCCACUACAGUUACUAAACCGCCCCACUGUAAGAAGUGCGGCCAUCUAGUCAAAGGGCAUAAAAGACCAAAAGGAAAUCAAGUUAAGUGUGAGCAGUGUCCUGGGGGUAUAUGUAUAUCUACUGAUGCUGAUAGAUGCAAUUGUAACUUUGAGUGGCACAGUACAGACACAUCGCAACAACUUCACUCAAUCACUAACCAGCAAGUGUUACAAACACCCACUAAUCAACUAGCUCUUCACGUCACACUCCAUGGCAGUGUNCUGUAAGAAGUGCGGCCAUCUAGUCAAAGGGCAUAAAAGACCAAAAGGAAAUCAAGUUAAGUGUGAGCAGUGUCCUGGGGGUAUAUGUAUAUCUACUGAUGCUGAUAGAUGCAAUUGUAACUUUGAGUGGCACAGUACAGACACAUCGCAACAACUUCACUCAAUCACUAACCAGCAAGUGUUACAAACACCCACUAAUCAACUAGCUCUUCACGUCACACUCCAUGGCAGUGUUAAAGAAUGGUUAUUACCACCUCAAAUUUGUCAGUCUAUGAUUUUUGGUGUUCCAAUAGGAAGUAAUGCGUGUACCAUCAUAGCAACAAUUGGGGCAAGCAAAUUCCUUUCUGGAGAGCUAAUAAUGCCUACAAAUGAUGAAAACGUUCUCCGAACUGUGUCAGCAUUUGCUGGUAUCAUCAAGUGUGGUAACAUUAUGUACAGGCAAAUCAACUUACCACCAGGCCAAGUUAACCUUGACAUUAGAGAAGCUAUAGCCACAAGGAGUGACCAGUUCUCCUUACUGAUCACAGAAGACAUUGGCAUAUUUUCAACUGAAUUUCUACAAAGUAAAAUGCAGGAAAUUGUUCAGAUAUCAGAGGACACAUGUACAAUAUCAAUUGUUCCACCCGACAAGUCUAUACUUAUUUGCUUUGACCAUACACAGAGAAUAAUGGCUUUAUUUUAGAGUCAUAAACACCAAGGAUAUGGUGGUCUGAUUGCUGUAGGGUGUUAUGAUGAUAUCAGAAGAUUUAUUAUGUAUAUUGAGCACAUGAUUGCUCGGGACUGGCAGACCAGAAUUCCUGGUACAAAUAUGACUGUUCUCAAGACAAGAAGUGUAAAUUUAUAACUAUCCAUUGACAUCAAGUAAUGGCAAAUUGCAGUUGAAAAACGAUUUUUUGGCCCCAUAAGAAAUAUAUUUCUGAAAAAUACAUUAAUCGCUGGUUAAUUUAACACCAUAUUUAAUUUGGGGAGAAAGGCUAGAUUUUGAGUUUUGCAGCCAAAUACUAUGUAAAUUACUGUAAUAAAUUGUAAAGGAAUAGUGUAGCAGCAGAAAGCAUUAAAAAAUUUCACAUUUGAGGUUGAUUGCA